AUGUCUCUAAAUCAGUCAACAGCUUAUAACGGACCACACACAAGUGUUUCUAAAAUACUUAUUAAUCCAACAUCAUCUCUCUCAUUCAUUAAAGAUAUUUUAAAAGAGUUUAUUUCUUCCCAAGAUAAAUUUGACAAGGAAUAUACUUUUAAUAAAGGUUUAUCAAUAUUUUACAUGUUACAAUAUACAAGUCACGAAAAACUUUGUGAUGAACACCUUUGGAAAAGCGAUAAGGCUAAAUGGGUUAGAGCUUUAUUAAAUGUAUUUGAAUGUGAAAAUAAUUUCAUCGGAUUUAUUGGUUUGGCUGGUUUCUUGAAGGGAUAUCAGUUUUCGAAUAGUAAAAGAAGAGUUGGUAAACUCAUUUAUGAAGUUGAGUUGGCAUUUUUAAAAAGUAUCGAUUCUUUAAUCGAUCAAUUCAAUGAUGAUCCAAAACAAGAAACUUUAUCCUUUAUAUGCGCGCAAUGUAUUCCGUUCAUUCCAAAAGAGCAAUUAAAAGAAUUAAAUUCCAAGGCCAGAUUAAUGACUUUAUUAAUAAAUGUUGUAUUAGAAAAUCCUCGUUUAUUUCAAAAUGGUAAAUUUCUUAAGGAAAUUGAACAAAAUCACAAUUGGAAUAUGUCAUGUAAACAUCUUGAAGAAAAGAGCAAUGAUGCGCUUUACAAAGAAUUACCAAAAAUUUCAUGGGCGAUAUCUAAAUUAACUCAAGUUGUUGAAAAAAAUGAUAUUUCCUCAACACUUACGAGGAUCAAUGAAUUUUCCAUCAACUUAUACAAGUUAUGGGAUGAAUCUCCUACACUUAGUUUGGCUAGAGAGGAUUCCUUAG